GGUCAGACAGAUAGAGGGUUAGAUAUGAAGGGCUGAACGGAGGGAUGGAUGGGUUAAUAGACUCUAUAACGGUCUGUGUGGUCUCGGCCGACUUUGACGCUCUGUACGAGGAGCUGCAGCAGCUGGGACAGGGAGGCUUCGGGAGUGUCUUUGCUGGCUGCCGGAAAGAGGACCGUCUGCCUGUCGCUAUAAAGCACAUCCCCAUGGCCAAGGUCACAAUGACACAGGAGACGGUUGAAGGGCGGCUGACGGACUUCCCGCUGGAGGUGUCUUUGAUGCUGAGGGCCGCUGAAGACCGCCCGGACCCGGGGGGCCCCGGCGCCGUGGUCCACAGCCGCAACAAAUCAAAAAAGGUCACAUUUAAACAAAAGAAUAAGGCAGAGUUUGGAUUUUUAUUUAUUUCUCUCUUAAUAUUAUGACUUCAGUAUCCUUAAUAUCAUGCAUUUCAAUUUCCCCAUUCAGAUAUUAAGGACAUUACU